CUCAGUUACUCAGUUCCGAACGGGCAAAAAACAAUUUAGCGCCCUCUGAAACGCUCUGUGUUUUAUUUUCUACUUAAAAUAUUAAAAAAAAUGCAUAAAAAUUGCACACGUCGCUGAUAACUCGCUCGGUAUACUUAUUGUCUAAAAUACUGGCUUUUCCUUUCAAAUCAUUUGGAAAAUGUGACAUGAUAUUAAGUGAACAGUAGCCGCGCCGAGAAUUUUUCGAUGAGUGACGGCUGUUAUUCCGUUUAUUUUUGAGUUUGUCUUAAAAACCCCAAGCGCAUAAACAAUUAAAGUCAGACAACACCAUCGUUAAACGAAUUAAAAGUGAAUAAGAGCGUUGUCAACGCCUUUUUGGGCAGUGAAAAAAAGAAAAGAGAAAUCCAGGCCCAGCAUCCUUCAGCCUGCUUCUUCUUCUUCCUCUUCAUCUCCUUUUGCAUUUCUUUUCGCCGCGUCUGUAUAGGUGUUCGUGUUGGUGUGUUUGUGUGCAAGCUUGAAAAUUGUGUUAAGUUAAGUAAAUUUAUUCCAGAUGCCAACAACAAAUUGAUGCCAAAAAUCUAUACAAAUUCGGUGCUGCGUGCGCGUGUGUGUUGAAUUAGCACUCCCAAUUGGCGUCUCUUUCGCUCUAACUCCGUUUUUGAACUGUUACCCAAAGCGAUGCGUGUGUGCAAGUGUGCGUGAGUGCUUCACAUGGAAAUUAAUUAAAAAACGCACCUUUGUUGCCAUUUCCCUCGCUCUCUCGCAAGGAUUCGAAUGACUGGCUAAUGAGGAAGCAGCCAGGCAAACAACCAGCAGCCACUUGGAUCUGGAGUUAAAUGGCCAAGGCACGCAGAAAACGCUACCGUCUGAGGUGUCCGGAAAUAGAGUUAGAUCCAAUUAGAAGCCGCUAGGAUGGACAAGCGAUCGUUGUGCAUGCUGAUCAUCUGCAUCAAUCUGUGCCUGGUCAUCUGGCUGGUCAGUGUGCAGCAGUCGCCGAUGCUGGAAGCGGAAAUCAUCGCCGAUUUCAGCGGAAGUGGCGGCAGCAGCAGCACCGCCCAGCCGCCAACGAGUGCCAAAAGUGGAUUGCGGAGGAGCAGGAGCCAACCAAACCAAAUACACCAGCCUAGUCGCACACCUAGUAAUAGUAAUGAUAGUAGCCUAGUUAGCAACACAUUCGAUAACCACCCCAUGGGCACGCCCCCCACUUUGGCGUCACAAACGCCCACGCCGCCUCAGAGCAGCAUGCACCUCAUGGAUCUGCCCAAUUUCGUCUAUCUGAUAGACCAGCCCGCCUGUGAUAAGGGUGUCCGGGCCCUGAUAUUGGUCCAUUCGGCAGUGCGCAAUAUCGAAAAGCGCCGGCUCAUCCGAGAAACGUGGGCGAAUCGCAGCUAUAUAGACCAGACGCCGCUGAAGGUUUACUUCCUGGUGGGCGGAGUGAGCGGGAGCAGGAGCGGGAAGUGGCAACAGUUCCUCGGACGCGAGAACCACCUGCACGGCGAUCUCAUCCAGGGGAACUUCAAAGACGCCUAUCGCAACAUGACCUACAAGCAUGUCAUGGCUCUCAAGUGGUUCAACGAGAAGUGUGCGCAUGCCCAGCUGCUGGUGAAGGUGGACGAUGAUGUGUUUAUGAACACACCGCAGCUGGUCAAGUACUUGGCGACUCCCUCGCUGCCAGAGUACUCCAUGCUCCGGGAUCCCAAUCUGAUGCUCUGCCGAGCCGUCCGUUAUUCGAGGGUCAAGCGUUCAUAUCGUUCCAAAUGGCGGGUGACCUACAAGGAGUACCGGAACCGUUUCUAUCCGGAAUACUGUCCCGGAAUGGCCAUAGUCUACGCACCGGAAGUGGUGCGUCGCUUGUACGAGGCGGCCCAGAAGUCCAAAUACUUCUGGGUAGACGACGUACUCAUCACAGGGAUCCUGGCCGAGGAAACGGGCAGCAAGAUCACCCCGCUGAAGCAUUACCUCGAGCAGAAGGACGUUCGCAACCUGGUCGGCGGCGGAGCUGAUCUUGAGGAUCCCCCGUUCCUCUUCACAAAUCACGCCAUUAAACCCGACGAAAGCAUGACCAUUUGGCAGAUGUCGCUGGACAGAAUUCAGAGGCCACUGCUCACACAACCCGCCUACUCAUCCGCAACCUCCGCUUCCAGAUCCGCACCCGUUGUGCCAAGUGCCAACAUUUCCGAGGUGGCCCAGACGACCUCCACCGGCCUCAGCUAGUUUGACUGGCACCACUCGAUGGAUUGAUUACGUUUAGUUUCUUUGGCUGUUCAGUUUUAGGGUUUCGUUAAGCCUUAGUAUUAACUCGUAGUUAUCCCUAAUGUUAACUGAUUAAUGGAAGGUAGCAUUUUUGUCGAGACGAAUACAAACGGAACAUUGCAAGUCAAGUGAACCACCAACCACCUGCCUACAAUCAUUCGUAUCAUAUGAAGCGUAACUAAUCUAAGGAUUCUACUGAUAGUCAUGUACAUCCAACGCGAAUCGCUCACCAAUAGAUAACCGAAAAUCCAAAUACUAAAUCAAAUACGAACACCAAACUCUAACAGCGGCAACAAUAAACGGAGCGCAUAACCUUAAGCACAACUCUUAAAUCUUAAGAAAACUACAAUAGUACUUAAUAAACGAUAAAAUGAUUGAAAA